ACUGCAAGUCAAAGCAUUUUUUUCUUUAUCAUUACAAUUUUUUGCAUUCCAACGAUUGAAAAUGAAAGAAAACUGUAAACAUGAUUUUGAGCGUAAUGUCUUGAACGCGAAGACGACGGGACGAAAUAUGUGGUGUCGUCAAUGCUUCUUUUGUAGAACCAAACGUUCAUUUGCGGAAAAAAUGACGCAAUGUAAAAACUGUCGCGUGUUGGUGCACGAUCGGUGCCUAGCACCGAAAGUGAUCGGGUCCGCCGUGAGCGGCCUCCACGGCAUCCUCAAGUCGACCACGGGCGAUCGGGAGAGCGGUCCAAAGGGCAGCCCGCGCGUAUGGCAUUUGGACGACCUCGACGUGCACGGUUACGGUUACCAUCUGCACCGCGACCUCGAGGAUUUCCUGGUGCCUUGCCGCGCACCCUUGGAACUCGACGAUACCGUUGAGCCCGUGGUCGCCGAGUUUUUUAGAAUGUUCGCAGGGCGCAAGGACUCGUCGGGUAAAACGACCGCGGUGUCUACCGAGGAACCCAACUCUGCGGACGUGCGAAACGGCAACGGCGGCAGGUCACGGCGGAGAAGACGACGACGGAACGGACGGAGAGAUGCUAAUGCGAUUACAAAAAACUAAUCGAUUUCAUAUACAUAUAAAUAUGUUAUACUAAUAAACUAUUGUUGUUUCUGUUAA